UCAGAUCAGAGGUAGUGUGGGCGUGCACAGAGAGAGAAUCCUGCAAACAUCAACCAGGUGGUUAUUCCUCACACAUUUCCCUCUCAUUUUCCUCCUCCAAGCUGCGCUGGAGAGACUUUCCUGUGCGUCACGAGGAAUUAAAGUAACUUUACUGGAGCAAUGCGGGAGCCGAAAAUCAGCAUCUCUUCGGAUACAGACCCCUGAAACCCCCACAAACUCCACUCAUGGCCACCGCCUGGCCACCCGCCACACAGAGCACUUUAUAAGAGAGAAAUCUACCGAAAUCACGGAACGAGAGCCUCAUAUAACGAGCAACUCGCUGUUUGAUCCAGAUGGCGGGACACGAGUGGGAUGAUUGGUUUGAACGGGAGGAAUUGAUCGGGCAGAUCAGCGACAUCCGAGUGCAGAAUCUGCAAGUUGAGAGGGAGGUGGUGCAGAAAAGGACAUUCACAAGAUGGAUGAAUCUACAUCUAGAGAAGUGUAACCCUCGUUUGGAGGUGCGGGAUCUGUUUCGUGAUAUCCAGGACGGGAAGCUUCUGAUGGCUCUACUUGAAGAACUCUCAGGAUGCAAACUGCUGCAUGGGUUUAAGCCAUCCUCGCAUCGUAUUUUUAGGCUCAAUAACAUCGCCAAGGUAUUGACAUUUCUGGAAGAAAGAAACGUGAAAUUAGUCAGCAUCGACGCAACGGAUAUCGCAGAUGGCAACCCAUCCAUUGUGCUUGGGCUUAUCUGGAAUAUCAUACUGUUUUUCCAGAUCAAGGAACUCACAGGGAACAUUAAGAGCCAGUUCCCUUCCUCCUCCAGCCUGUCCUCCAUACCCACAAGCUCUGAUUCGGACACUUCGCAUUCCAGCACACCCUCAGAUGAGAGAAAGCCCACCAUUGCACCAAGAGGUCAUGGGAAGGCAAUCAAGACCCUCUUGCACUGGGUCCAGAGACGCACUAGAAAAUAUGGAGUUGCAGUACAGAACUUUGGAAAGAGCUGGACAAGUGGUCUGGCUUUCCUUGCUGUGAUAAAGUCCAUUGACCCCAGUCUGGUGGAUAUGAGGAGGGCUUUGCUCCGAACGGCCAGAGAGAACAUUGAGGAAGCAUUUAGAACAGCACACUACAGUCUUGGCAUCCCAAGACUCCUAGAACCUGAGGAUGUGAUGUUGAAUCCCCCUGAUGAACAGUCCAUAAUGACUUAUGUGUCCCAGUUUUUGGAGCACUUUCCUGGAAUUGAGGAGGAUGAAACGUCAGAUAUUCUGGAAAGAAGUAAAGCCAGUGCUCGUAUGAACGAACCUCCUGUUCGGAAUGGGGUUCAGAGAAAACGGGAGUCUUAUAUGGUCAAGAGAGACUUGGUUCAGCCACCACCCAAGAUCUUCAUCUCCUCGGUGUCUGAAGAUCGUGAGCAGAUCACCUCUCCAGUCCUAUCACAUACCCCUGAGGACAGACCAUGGACCAGUGAAAGGUCAUCAGUGGGUUCAAGUCCCAGUCCUGCAAACGACAAGCCCCUUUAUCACCCAUUGGACUUGAAUAAAGACGUGUCCACCACAAGCACUCCGCAACCUUCGUUCUCGGAUUCUGCUGUCAACUCGCCAGACUCGUGGAGUGAAGUACUUAGCGAGACUACUAACUCUCACCAGAUCAAUGAGGAUCCUGUAAGCGAGAGCAGUACGGCUGGUACUGUUGAAGUGACCUCAGAUUUAGGGUCACCAUUUUCACCAGAGAGCAUGCCGAAGAAUCAUUUGGAAUGUGAGCUUUUCAUAGAUGAGGGAAACUAUUCCCUCGGCUCCAUGGAUAGUUUACAUGCCAAAUCCACUGCGCCAUCUGAGGAGGACAAUGCUUACAAAUAUAUCUUAGAUCUGAAAGAAGAACAAUCUGCUUAUCAUUCGCCCAGCGACAACAUGAGGAAUAAAUCAGAUACAGGAUGUUUAGAACAAACCGAAACCAAUCCUUUGGAGCACCAGGAACCAGUCAAGCCAUCUUUUAAUGAUCCUUCAUGUUUGGAAAGUGACUCAGGAUACUUUCAGGAUAACAAGGAAGCCAUGCCUGCUCAACCUGAGGAUGAGAGACCACUUACUUCCACUGUUGAUGAAGAAAUGAGUGGAAAUCUGGAAUCUGAAUCUUUUCAGGACAAUGUAGAGUCUUCCAAUACAGAAGCUUUGCAGAGGAAUGCUUUUGAAUUGACAGAUGGACCUGAGGAGAAGCCUUUCAUGAUUGAGUAUGACAGUGAGCCGGAAUGUCCAGUUUUGCAGUUUGAGAGGGUUUCUAUAUCAGGAAGUGAGGAGGAUAUUAAACUGUGCACUGAUCUGGCUGAAGAACCAACAGAGGAACCAGGCAAAAGUGAUCUUGAAAAUGGUCAUUCUGAAACCAUGAAUGAAUGUAGUGACCUCCAUGAUGGGGAACAAGUAAGUGUUUCAGAAAUUGAGGUAAAGGGUGUGAUAUUUGACAACCUGGAAGAACCUGUCUCAGAUCAGAGCCAAACAGAAGUUGAGGUUCCUAAUGAAGAUCAGGUGUGUUAUAUGUGUGGAUGUUCAGUUGCGAAGAGCUCGACUGAAUCAAGCGAACAGGAUGACAAUUGUCUGUCCCAUUUAAACUCAACUGAGAGGGACUGUAAUUCAGACUCGAGACAUUUCAGUAAAUCAGAAGCAGGUGGAAACUUUGAGGACAAUCCAAGGGAACAGAACAAUGAAUUAAACGGAUCUGUAAGUGAUCUCAAGAAUGAGCCAAGAGAGAGUAAAGGUAUUCAUGAAGAUCUGCUUAUUAUAGGUAAGAGCAACAUGGAAAGUGGGUCAGACGGCAUAAGGAGGACUGAGUUUUCCCACAAUACAAAUGGUGAAAGCCAAGCUCAGGUUUCAGACAAUACGGAGCCUGGAGGGGCCAAGGAUAACAGGCCUGUAUCAGUAGUAGACUCUCACUAUGGCGUUCUGAAAUCUGUCACUGAAGCCAUUGUGGUGCCUCUUUCUGACUCCACCAACCACGAUGGAGAAGACAACUCUACAUCAACCCAGCGACAGCGUCUAGAGGUUUCCAGCUUUGAGUCACCAAUUGAAGCGGAAACCACCUGUGAGGACUCAGAGCCCAUUAUUGGUGUCCGUGGGUACCUUGAAAGACAUCCCGCGGAGCUACGUCUGUCUCUUAGCAUGACUCCGCUUCAGCCGGCACCUCCUAAACGUUCACUUACCGAAUCGGAUACGGACACCGAAGACACUUCAGAGGAACACGGCAAGGGAUUUAAGUCAAGAAAGGACAAAGUGGGAUCUUUGCAUCUCCAGGAGCAAAGCCUGUUUGACAGGCACCCAGGAGAAUGGGGUGCGGUGGAGCCUGAUUCACCAGCUGAGCAUUGUGAGCUCAUUAAGACAGAUGAGGACCUGACCAGCGCUGGUGCCAGAGAAAACACUGGGGCUCUGAGGGCCGAAGUGGUGACGGAUGCAAGCCAACCUUUGACUACUAUACACUUGAGAAGGGUCGUUGACACCAGCGAAUCAAAGGGACAAAAUGGGAAAGCCUUAGACUGCAGCAAAAUGGACAGUACCAUCAUAAAUAAAAGCUUGGAGAGCAAGACUGCUCAUGAAAGCACAUAUGACACAACCUUGUCCGACCUUGUCUACAUCCUCUUGGCUGCUUGGCUCUUCGUGUACUGCCUUCUUGUCCUGCCUCAGAUUGACUUAAGGAUGCUUCCUAAACUCCUCUUCAACAUAGAUGAAUGACUGCAAUAUUAUUAUACAACAGAAUUGAUGCUCACACAUACAACUCAGAUCAUGUUCUUAUAGAUCAGCUUCCUGACAUAAAGGAAUUGUUCACCCAAAAAAUUAAAGUACAGACAUUCUGAUAAAGCAUUCCUUAUUGUGCUGUAUGGAACAUGAGGGUGAGUAAAUUAUGACAGACGUUUUUUUGUUUUUUUUUAAAUGAACUAUCCCUUUGAUAUGAAUCAGGACCCGUGACCCAAAUGUUUAAUGAGUAAAUAAAACAGAUUGAAAAAUUGGCCAUAUCGAUCAGCUUUGUUGCCUUUCAUAUUUCCAUUCACAUCUGCACACAAAGAAAAAAAAAAAAUAUAUAUAUAUAUUUUUUUUUUGGUUGAAGGUUUUUUGUAAUCAGUUUGUAAUAUCACACACACACACACUAUUACAGGUCCACAUGCAACACAAUUACACAAUAGAUUAUUUAUAAUGCUUCAGAAGAACGUGCUUUUGGGCCUUUUAUGUUGUUUGUACGUACACUAUAUGAAGAAAAAGCAUCUUUAAGACUGCAACUGUUUGUAUAAAACAAGCGAAGGUUUUUGGUAUGCUUUAAAGCUGUUAUGCUACAAGUUUUUGAAUGUAUCUUUUGAAAAAAGUGAUCGCAUUACAUAGACCCCUUUAUUUUUUUGCAUUAUUUUUUAGUAAAAAUGAAGGCUUUCAGCACAACUAAAUGAUUAUGUUCCAUCAACGUUUAUAUUUAUACUUCACAUACGGCUCUCUAAGUUUAGAGACACUUGUAAGGUGUCAACAGCACUUUGUAAAACUCAAGACAAGAACUGCCAAAGAUUCAGUAAAAGAAACCUAUUCUCAACACAGUGAACAAAUUAUGAAUUUGCCUAAUCUUUUAAUAAUAAAUCCUGCACUUAAAGUAUAUAUUUUAUGCAUUUUACAAAAUGCAAUAGCACACAAAAAUUACAUUUAUCAGUGACAAAAAUAAUGACACAUUUAUUAGUCAUUUUACACAAAUACAUUAUAUUGACUGAAUUUGUAAUAUUGACACUGAAGUUGUUAGUGGUGGUUUUCCAGGACUGAUAUAAUUCCCUAAACGGAAGGUUUUAAUUUGAGCCUGUUCGGCUUGUAAUAUGUUGUAAAAAUGUGGCUUUUUUUUCUUAUAUUUCCUACAUUUUAAGCUGAAAUGUACACUUCCACAAUAUAGAACAAGCCUACUGGCUGCAGAGUGCUGAGUGCUAGUCGCAUGAUCAUAGCAAAUUAAAGUGAACUCUGGACAAAGCCAGAAUGUUAAUGCAUCCUGAUUCAUUUAUACACCUAUACAAAAUAUGUCCAAAAUUGUUAACAAGCCAAACUUUCUGCAUGAGAAUGUGUAUGGGAAAUUACUUUUGUCUUUAACAUUUUUAAAAGUCACCAAGUGAAUCUAUGUCCUGCUUUUGUAAUGAAAAUUAUUACAUUUUCAUGUUAAAAUGCACUGGAGUGCAAUAAAUGAUACAUUCUUUGGUU